AUGAAGGCGCUCCAGUUCCUUCAGCCGGAGCAGCGUCUCGAGGUGCACGACGUGCCCUGGCCCACCGUCAGCGCGCCGCACGACGUCAUCGUGCGCGUGGCGUUCGCCGGCGUCUGCGGCACCGACCUGCACGCGCUGUCGGGCCACUACCCGAUGUCGCCCGAGUGGACCACUAUGGGCCACGAGCUGAGCGGCCUGGUGGCUGAGGUCGGCGGAGCCGUCUCGUCUGUCGCCGUCGGAGACCGCGUUAGCGUCAACCCGAACCGCGGCUGUGGUGUCUGCCGCGCCUGCAAGCUCGGCAACAUCCACUUCUGCGGCACGCAGAGCAUUGCCGACUGUCUGGGCUUCUACCGGCCGGGCGGCUGGGCGGAGGCGGUGCUGGUCCACGAGGCAGACGUUCAUCGACUGCCGGCAGGCGUACCACUCAGCUCGGCCGCCCUCUGCGAGCCGAUCUCUUGCCUGUUGCACGCCUUCGACCUGUUCGAGCCGCUGCCGGCGCACGGCCGGGUGGUGGUGCUCGGGGCCGGCAUCAUCGGCCUGCUGACCGCCUGUCUGCUGCACCACCGCGGCAUCACCGACGUCACCAUCAGCGAGCCGGGGCCGGCUCGGCGCCGCUUCGUCGACGGCCUCCAGCUGGGCUACCGGGCCGCCGCUCCGGCCGAGCUGGCCGCCGAGUUCGCGGCGCUGUCCGACGACCAGGUGGCCUCCAACGGCGCGGACGUGGUCAUCGACUGCAGCGGCUUCUGCCCGGCCAUCGAGCAGGCGGCCGGCUGGCUGCGGCGCGGCGGUGCGCUCUGCCUGUUCGGCGUGGCGCCGCCCGAGGGCCGCGUCUCGCUCAGCCCCUACCUGCUCGUUACCCGCGAGCUCUCAGUCAGGGGCGCAGUCAUCAACCCUCAUACGUUCCCGCGCGCCGCAGCGAUGGCAGCCGCGCUCGGCGCUCGCUACCUGGACCUGCCGCGCCUCGGGGUGGAGCUCUUUAAACUGGAGCAGUACCAAGAGGCCAUGGAUAAACUCAAGAAGGGAGAAAUCUCCAAGGUCAUGUUUGCUGUGAAUGAUACCAUCGAGUAG